UCUCAAAGUCAUUCCAACAUGGCGGCCGGAACGGCUGUAAUGCAUUUACCCAGCACGAGAAGCACCGUUAAGAAAGAAGAACCUGCUCGUAGAGUACAGAAAAUUCAGCCAGAUGAGGUAAGAGAAGUUAUAGUGAUAAAACAUCGAGACACUACUUCGUGAAAAACACGAAAAGUCGAUCAUGUGGUUUUACAUGACGACAUCUUUUGAUCGAAAGCUAUGACUUUUUACAAACCGUUUUUUGUUAAGAUUCAAGCUGCACGCUACACUUUAAAACGAAAAAAAGCUAAUUGUAAUUUAUUUAUUACUUAAUCUUUCGUCUCAACGUUUGAUUUCCAAGUUUGUUGAUGCAAAAUACUGUAAAAAUUCAGUCACUUGAUACAAGGUAGGCAGCUUUUUGUCUAUCCUUACGUUGAAAACUUAGAAAAAACGUGAAAUUUUUGGAAGUUUUAAAGUCGGACUAAUUGUAAAAUUGACGCUUGGAACAACUUGAAUCAUGCGCCAGUGAUCGUAGUCACUUACAGUCACUUAAAUAUAUUUACGGAUUUGUGAUAGCGUUCUUUCAUUUCGUCUUAGUUAAUUAUUCCAUCGAUUGUCGUCUCUCUCCCUUCUUGAAGUGUCUAAUUUAAUCUUUGAGUAUCAUCAAUUUAAGAUCAGUUUUUAUUAGAGUUUCUUUUCAGUUUGAAGCAUGAUUUUUUGUAUAUUUCUAGAAAACACUCCUAAGAAUGGGUAAUAAUUUACAGCGAAUAUUUAUUCAUUCUUCAGACAUCUUUUCAUUUCAAUUUGUUUGAUGCUGAAAAGCUCUUUCUGUAGUGUUUCAUCUAUGUUAAUGUCAAUAAGUUGAAUAUAUUAUAUGUGGCGUUUCUCCCGGCAGGACUAAACUAUGACAACUAAAAGUUGUUUUUAGUUAGCACUUGACUACAAGAUCUUAAAAAGAAACUUGUGCCCAAAACAAAUCUAUUACCUGUAAUGAUAAAUGUUUAACUUCUUCAAGUGAUAUUCAUACGUUAUCCAUGAAACAAGUAAUGAGAAUACUGAAACUUAUCAGGUAAAAGGUUAUCUUGAUCAACACCAAAUUCUCAUACAUGUAACUACUUACAAAGGAAAUAAUUAUGUAGAAGCUAGAGGGGAGAUUAACAAUUAGAUCUUGGGAGUUGAAGGGUUAUUGCGUUAAAGGGUUAAGUCAAUCUUAAAAAAUUACCCAUCUUAUACAUUUUUCAAAUCAAAUAGAUAAAACUUUUCCUAUCUUAUUAGUAUGCAUGUCAGGUCUCUAAACUUCAAAACUAUGACCAACAUCUGCCUAUGGUAUAUUUUUUCAAUUGUGAUAUUAGGAGAGAUCACCAAAAGGUUACUGUUUAAAUAUUUUUCUAUUUUAAGUCAUGUGCAGACUUCAACAAUUCAACUUCAACUUAUUUGCACUAUUCAGAUGAAUUCAUCUAGCAUGUACAGUCUAUAUAAUCACAGAAAUGUACUAAGUAUUAUUUAAAUAUUAUUUAAAUACUAAUAAAUGGAAAAUCUAGAGAGGAUGUGCACAGUGACCACAGGAGCUGAGGGUUUUAUGUUUGAGAUAUAAUCAGAAAAAAGGAAGAAAAGAAAACCAUGAUUUAUACUCGUUAGAAUUAAAAUUAAGGGCACAUUAUCAGCAUAAUCUACAGCAAAUAUUAUACUAACUGCUCAUUGAAGCAUAUCUUAAUCAGAGGGCAUACAGUGACAUCUACUAUCAUUGACUGGAAAGAAGUAAUAUUCUAUAGUGCAUAUCUACUAUUUUUCUAAGAAUAGGAGAUAACCUCUCCUAUCCUAUCUAUAAAACCAACAAGUGACAACCCUUACCAAGUUGGAAGAAUGUCUUUGCUGUCCUUGAGUUCCUUAAUGACUACUGUACAGAGCCAGAAAUAAUGUUGAGUCAAGAGAAAAUGCAUGGUCAGAAUUUGGUGUUGACACUAUCAGUCUUUGCUUGCUAGGAAUGUUGUCCUGUUAUGCUUCAUUAUGUAAUAGUCAAGAAGGAAUUUCUGCAUUCACCAGCCCCUAAAAAAACAUAGAUGGUAUUAAAAUAACCAUAGUCCUUCAAUUGUUGGGGAAAAAAUCACCAGUGCUGAAAUUUCUUUCUUCACUGCUGAUAUCGAAAAACUCAAUGAGCAGAACUGAAUUUCUAAAAAUCCAGGACAACUAUUAUCAAACUUGUUGAAUUUGUUUGGGUAAUAUCUGGACAUGAUUGUCAGCAGGCUAAAAAACUCUUUCCUGUGUGUCUGAAUGUUCUGUUAUAAUCUUUAGAAAUUCUAUGUAAACAAGUGAAUGCCCACAAACUUCUUUGUGAGUUAAAUCAAUUGGCAUAAGAUUUAUGUUGGCCAUGUGUUAGAUCUAAUGUACACUUGUAUACUGUACCCUUAAGAUGUACAUUAACUAUGCAUAUGCAUUUAAUACACUCAGAUGCAGGACUUACAUGUUUCAAAAUAUGUUAAGUUUUUAAAUUGUCUCCACUAUUUGAUUUAUGUAGAUGGAAGUGGAAGAAGAAAAACAGCAUGAAGGAAUUCAGCAAUACUAUGUCACCAAGAUUGAGGCUCUCCAGGUAAAGUACACUGUUGUACAUAUAGAUAGAGUACCAAAGAUAGUUAAUUUAUAGCAUGGUUGUUGAUUAUAGAAAGAUUGUUAUGAACUUUGGCUAUGGAAAACAUCUGAGUUACCUAUUUGUAUUGGGAUUCGAGCAUUAGUCUGAUUUUGCAGUCAAAUGUGGUAAGCUUCUUUGAUGUCACUAACUACAUUUGUUGAUCUGGGGAACCUACUUAGGAAUAUUUUAAUUGUGAACUUGGGGGUGUGAGCCACUCAAUCCUUUUCUUGAAGGAAACUUUUUCCUGCAGGUAGAUCUGUGUGACAAAAAUUAAUGCAAACUUGCAUUUACAUGUAGCUCCAACCCUUUAUAUUUUGUUAUGAAAUGUAAAGUUGUGUCAUUAUUAACCCAUUGAUCCCUAAGAGUGACUAGUGUCAAAUUUCUCCUUACAAUAUCACCCCUGAAUCACACAAUAAGGUCAGGAUAAUAAAGGCAAUGAUCACCAACUAAAGGGGCUCUUGAUUGUUAAACAAAUUCUCUUGGUUAGCACUAUAGGGAAUGUAUAGAGAACAGUAUGGGGAAUGUGUAUUCUGAUAGAGUGUAAAGGGUUAACUUUGUAGAGUACAUGUACACCACUCACUUAGUGGCAUUUGUGACCACUAAAUACAAAUUUAUUCCAGAUGGUUGUCACAGAAGAGAUUAAAAACUUGAGGAGGCUGGAAGCCCAGAGAAAUGAGCUUAAUGCCAAAGGUUGGUGUGAAUUUUCUUAUUAAUUUGAAUUGAAACUUGUUUUUUCUAGCAAUGAUCAUCAACCCCUUAAAAAGAAAUACUCUCUACAGAGACUAGAAGACUAUUUCCUUAGAGCAAGUAAAGUGCAAUGUGCCUUGAUCAAUUAGUUGAAAUUUUGAGGACACAUGUAGCUUGGAGUUGUCAUAUCUCAAGUGACUGAGUGUUGAGAUGGUACCAUUAAAAAAAAAUUCAACUACAGCAGUACAUGCAAAAACAUACCAUAAUCUUUUUUUGUAACAUUAUUUUGUGCACUAUUUUGAAUUGUAAAAUCACUUUUUGCCAUUUUGUCCCAUGAGAAAUACCAGAAAAAAUAUUGAACCAUUUAUAUUUAAGUGAAAAAUGGGCUUUGUUUUCUUGAACAUCCACAUUAUAGUGAGAAUGCUGAGAGAGGAAUUGCAACUCUUGCAAGAACAAGGAUCUUAUGUUGGUGAGGUGGUUAAACCCAUGGACAAGAAGAAGGUUUUGGUGAAGGUUAGUGUCUUUGAAUGAAAUGUAAGGAUGAUUUGUUAAUAGACAAUACAUCCAAAGACAGAUUUCAGAUAAAAAUUUAAGGGGCACUUGGAGUAUCUCUUGACCCUUUUACUCCUAAGCAGGGCGUGAAAUUAACUUUUUUUUCUGAUAGCCACUUGGCUCCUAAAUUCUUCAAAGUGGUAGCCAAUUCAAAAAAAAUUGGUCACCAUUUUCAAAGACAAACAAAAUCUUUCUUUAUGCUGUCAGCGUUUUAGAUAGACCCUCCAAAAUUAAGUUAGGGAAAAGAUCUUUAAUGUGCUACAAAGUGGACACUAGGAUGGAUGAUAUACAAUGUUCAGGCUCAUCUAAAUCCAAGAUGGUGUCUAGUUAUCGAUCGAGAUGCAUGUGCUACGUUUUGGAAACAAACCAAACAAGGAAGUUUGCUGCGGAUUUAUCUUUGCAAAUCUUUUUAAUUCACAAUAUCUCUCGGUAAGGUUAUGAUGAAACGUUCUAGUCGGCAAUUUGGCGACUAACUUUCAGGAUUUGGUCGCCAAAGUGAAAAAUUUAGGCGCAUUGGCACCUGUAUUAGGCGCAAUUUCACUCCCUGCUAAGAUCUUAUUAGUAACUUCUUACUGUGCUGUACAAUUUUAUGAUGCUAGUUUGGAGAAUUUUAUAUUGGAUCAAACACUAAUCCCCCGAUAUAUAUUUUUAUCUUCUCGUCACUGCUUGGUAUUGUAUAGCUAUUGUAUGGAGAAAUUGUCGCUUGGUCAUUGAUGAGAGUCAAAGGGUUAAAUUUUUAUAUGUGGAUUGUGUUCUUUUGUUUGGAGUUUAAGGUGGAUGUGCUUAUGAUUGGCAGAGAGUGACUUUUCAGAGGAGCUCACAGCUCACUGCAAAUGCACUGAAAUUAUUUACAUUAUCCUUUGCUUUUCACAGGUUCAUCCAGAGGGAAAGUUUGUGGUGGAUAUCGACAAAUCAAUUGAUAUGGCUGAUGUAAGUGAUGAUGUUGUACAGUUGUGUAGAUUGUAUCCAUAACGAUUUUGUUUUAUUUUCAGAGGAGAAAGGUACAUGCUUAGUUACACUGUAUGAAACCCCUUACCUGGCUUUACUUUGUACCCUUUAUGGUCUGGAAAUGAGUCUCCCAAUGGAGACAGGAAACCUGGUACAAAAUUACGACAUUAUCUUCUUUAUUUUAUGAUCACAGCAAACCCUGUACUUCUUGUUUUGUAGGUUACACCAAACUGCCGAGUGGCAUUGCGAAAUGAUAGUUACAUGCUUCAUAAGAUACUUCCUAACAAGGUGCGUAUUUUGCAAAAAAAAUUCAUUGAGGAUUUUAGGUGAAUAUGUGCACAGUGUACAUCUACUGUAUGCAUUUGUAAGCUCUUCGAGUUGAGUUAAGUUAGUGUGUUCCACUCAUAGUGUUUCUUCAUUAAAGCCAUCUUUUUUGUUUUAUGCACUGAUCUUUUGAAAGAGGUGAACAGAGUGUUUGUUUUAAAUUAGUGUGAAGCACUGUUUGUAACUUGAGUGAAACAACUUGGUUCUGAUAAGCUGAAAGCAUGUAACUUAGUUAUUAUAGUGUUCGCACAAGCACAGACAUUGGACUGCUCUGUGGGAUGAGAUAUAUCCUUUAUCUCAAAUAAGUGUUGCAAAAACAUGGAUGACAAUUUUUUUUCUCAACCUCCAAUUGUAAACUCGUUUCUCACCUAGGUGGACCCUCUUGUCAGUUUGAUGAUGGUUGAGAAGGUUCCUGAUUCAACCUAUGAAAUGGUUGGAGGAUUAGAUAAACAGAUUAAAGAAAUCAAGGAGGUAUUGAAUCUUCUCUAUUCAUACAUUUGUGUACGGAACUACAGGGUUAGUUUGAUAAAUAGAGUAAAAGAUAUGCAUAUUUGAUUUUUUGUCUAGAUUGUUUUGUAUACACACAUGUCUAUUUCAAAGAAUUGAUUGUAUAUGGCAUCUGAGUGGGAGGGAGAAAAUUGAAAUUCUGGAGGAUUUUAUAGGCAGAGACUUAAUCUUUCAUUUGGUGUGUUUGUUUUUUGUUUAACUGGUUGUUUGUUGUUUUUGUUUCUUUUUAAAUCAAGGUCAUUGAGCUGCCUGUGAAGCAUCCUGAGCUCUUUGAAGCCUUAGGAAUUGAUCAACCCAAGGUUAGAUUUAAGUACAGUACCUUCAAAAAGGCAGUUUCACAAACAACAUGUAAAUGACAAAAUGCUUUACACUGUCUUGCUUUCAUGUAAAUUCUCCACAGUAUUAGAUUAUUGGGGGCCUUAACCAAACCACGAUGCAACUGCAACAAGGACAUGCGAAAACAAAAGAUUUAAUGGGAAGAAUAAUAGCUCAGUUCAUGUAUUUUAAAACUUUAUACAUUUCUUAGCAGUCCUCUGCAAAAUAACAAUUUGGAAUCACCAAAACUUGUGUGGUCUGAGAACCGAAAUACAGACAGCAAAUUAUUUAAGUUUCUAUUAGGAGUUCAAUGCUGCUCACAAAUGUUGUGCAGAAGUUGAGGCGUAGUGCUGUAAGAUAUAGUAAACCCAUCCAGCCAUUCAAAACUUUCCAGUAAUGAUAUUGUAUUCAUUUUGUAUUCAAAGUCUGUGUUGUCAUUAGAACUGCUCAAGGUCUAUAUUAUUAAGAAUAAAGUGUUAAGAAGCAAAAUGGAAGACAUCAACACAGAUUUCAAAUAGGGAAAUUGAUUUAAAAAAGAAACAUCUUGAAGAUAGACAGUACUGUACGGUGUAAAUGUAGCUUUUUUAAUAUACAUGUGGAUAUCAUUAAAUUUUUCCAGGGAGUAUUACUGUAUGGUCCACCAGGGACUGGAAAGACACUUCUUGCGCGAGCUGUUGCACAUCACACCGAGUGCACUUUUAUCAGAGUUUCAGGCUCAGAACUGGUUCAGAAAUUUAUUGGCGAGGGUGCUAGGAUGGUUAGAGAGUUGUUUGUCAUGGCAAGGUAUAGUAAUAAUAAUUUAAUUUGAGUUUCACUAAAUGUGCUUAAGCUGAAGAUAAUUAUUUCAAAUGGCUGUUGAUAUUUGCAUUGCUAGAGACAAAGCUACAAAAAUUUGGUAAAUUGCUUUUCCAACAAAUUGUGUUAAAAAGUAUAUUUAGAUCUACAGUAGAAGUAAUUCUUCCCAAUCAAGUUGAGGAUUUAAUAGGCUGCCUAUAUAUGUAUUAUGUCUAGAAACAUUCAGGACAUCAAGCAGUAGAUUUUUAUCAUCAGCAACAUGUGCUCUCUCAGAUAUUUUGCCUAACAUUUCUAACACAUGAAGCUUGUUCAAAGCUGUUAAAGAGAUUCGAACUCUUUUGUAUUUGUUAGUUGUUGUUGUUUAUAUAAUAAGCUCAGUUAUGCACACAUUCUGAUUGGUUCUCACUGAUGAUCUAUUGGAGGACAGACAUAUAGAUGACAUCAUCAUUCAAACUUUUUUAAAUUCCUUAUUAUAUAAAAUAAAUAGAUUCCAAUUUGUCAUGUGUCUGUUCAGUAGUAGAUCACAGAGGAAAUCAAAAUGUGGUUAGAACAUCAGUGACACACUCAGCUGUGCCUCGUGUGCCACUUUUUUGUUCUUACCACAUUUUGACGUCAUCUAUGAUCUAUUACUUAACAGACGCACAGCAACGUGGAAUCUAUUUGUUAAAUAGAUAUGUUUUACUCUAUUUCUCUAACCAACAGAGAACAUGCUCCCUCUAUCAUUUUUAUGGAUGAGAUUGAUUCAAUUGGAUCCUCAAGAUUAGAAGGGGGGUCUGGUGGUAAGUGUUUUGUCAUUUUGACACAAUUGGUUGUUUUUUAGCUCCAAUAAAAUCAGGUUGAGUAGUCAAGCUUUAAGACCUGGGUAGGUCAAUGAGUUGUGUUCUUGGGCAUACGUUGUGUCUUUGUGUCUUUGCUCUUACACUGCCUCUUUCCAUCCACAAGUAUAAAUGGGUACCAACAAAAUUAAUAGUCAGUGAGGCCUGAUGAAAUGCUGGGAGGUACGCAUGUAAUGGACUGACAUCCCAUCCAGGGAGAAAUAGUGAUACUCCUUGUCACUUCAUAGUACUUGGAAACAAGAGUAAUUUCUGGCUGACUAGGCCAAUAAGCUCAAGUACAGACUUAAGCUUUGCCUUACCUCCAAUAUACCGUUACCUUCUCUAAGACAAAUGAACUUUGUAAUCAUUGAUUAUGGUUAGCUGUGAGGAUUGUUUAGCUCUAACAAAGUUAUUUAACCCUGAUACAGGUGACAGUGAAGUUCAAAGGACCAUGUUGGAGUUACUGAACCAGCUUGAUGGGUUUGAAGCAACCAAGAAUAUCAAGGUUGUCAUGGCAACAAACCGGAUAGACAUUUUGGAUUCAGCACUUUUGCGACCAGGACGUAUUGACAGGAAAAUAGAGUUUCCUCCCCCAAAUGAAGAGGUAAAAUUUAAUUUAUAAACUUAGCCUUUUAUGUCAAUGAGAAAUACCAUAUUUACCUGGGAAUAGGCUGCAAUUUUUUUAAUUGAAAAAGGGGAUGAAAGUGAGGGAUGUGACUUAAGGUACAAGCAUUUUGAGUCACACUUCAUUAAUCCUUUAACUCCUGUGGGUGACCAAGACAGAAUUUCUCCUUACAAUAUCAAUAAAAUAUCAACCAUAUAAGUGAUUAGAAUAAAGAAAAACAUCAAUUUGGGGAUAAUUAGUUGAUCCAAUACUAACUUCUCUGAACUAACAUUAUGAGAAUUGUAUGGCUGACAGUAAGAAGAAUUUCAAAUUCGAUCUGGGAGUUAAAGGGUUUGCUGCUUUGAGGCUGAGUGAUUAUUGACAUUUCCUACCCACAACAUUGGUACUUAUUCAAGGUGGGCUCUCUAUCGAGGUUGGGUGCUCAAUUGACUAAAUACAGUCAUUUUGCCACAAUUUUACUUGUAAGUUGUUUCACAAGAGUGUACAACCAAUCAAGCUGACCAACUAAUACAACUUGAAUUUAAUACUGAUUUGUUAUUGCCCUACAGGCUAGACUGGACAUCCUGAAGAUUCAUUCCAGAAAGAUGAACCUAACAAGAGGCAUAAACCUUAGAAAAAUUGCUGAACUUAUGCCUGGAUCAUCAGGAGCUGAAGUCAAGGUUUGAAAUGGUUCUACAGUUAAUGAAACUUGUGCUAUGCACAUUCAAUCUAGAUAAUUAGCUUAAGUACCAGUUAUAGGAACUUGUAUGAGGAGUUUUUGCCUCAAUUUAAAGUUAAAUUAAGUGCAUGCUAGCUAACCUGAAACAUCUGUUAUUUGAGUAAUAGGCUGCUUUUUCUCUCAGUUUACCAAUAUAAUAGCCCACGCAAGAAUUAAGUUGAAAUGAACUAAAAAUUGUUUCAUUUUCCUUUGGGUUUACCAUUGCUAUAAAUGAUAGGUUUUCAACCUGUGUGGCUGCUUGUAGUUUCUCAAUUAUAUUGCAAGAACUAUUCAACACAUUUUCACAGUAGCAGCAUUUUCAGCUGAAUUGUUGUAACCACAAAGUUAUGCAAGUUUUGAAUACUUAAAUCAGUGUAGGAAACAUUUUAAGUUAAGUGUUGGUGUAGUCUGAUUGUUUGGGUGAGUGUAGUUCUGAGAAGGACUGUUCUCAGUUGUGGUGACUUAUGUCUCUACAACCUGAGUGGAAGUCAUUGUCAGAGUGGAAAGACUUCUGCUCAGGUUGUUGAAACAUCAGUCACCACUACCAAUGACAGUCCUUCUCAUGACUACACUCAUGCGGACAAUCAGACUACAGUAUCACAUGUUACCCCCGGGUUCAAACCAUUUACUAUAUCAAAGUUGUGUAGCACGCUUACAGUGGAAUAUAGUUGUAAAUACUGAGUGGUGUACAGUUUGAACCUGUUUUGAAUCAUGAUUGUCUUUGUUUACAGGGUGUUUGUACAGAGGCAGGCAUGUAUGCCUUGAGAGAAAGAAGAGUUCAUGUGACGCAGGAAGACUUUGAAAUGGCUGUCACUAAAGUAAGUGUGUUCAUCAUAUUUCAAAUUUUGAUGAGCUAAGAAUUUGAUGGUUGUUAAUGCAUUAACCUAGUGGUUAGUGAGCUGGACUCUGGGUCAAGGUCUAAAUGUGAGACCUGGCUGGGUCUUCGUGUUGUGUUCUUGGGCAAAACACUGACAGUGUAACUCUGACAGGGCCUGUCUCCAUCCAGGAGUAUAAAUGGGUACAGGUAAGUUGUUAGGCAGACCUGAUGAUAUGUUGUGGGGCAACCCAGGAAGGAAUAGCUUCCCUAGAAGGGGGAAGGGGGGGGGGUGGAUUAGUCACUUGGCGUGAGUUCAGACUUUACCUUAAAGCGUUUGAUGAAAAUGAUUCAAUUGUGGAAUUAAUCUUUAACAUUCAUAUUCACUAUCCAGGUCAUGCAGAAAGAUUCCGAAAAGAACAUGUCAAUCAAGAAACUCUGGAAGUAAAACAACCAUAUCUAACACAGAACUUAAUUACAAGGCAAAGGCAAAUUGAUUUCCUACAAUUAACUUAAUCUUACUCUGCUCCUGCUACUCGAGGAUACUCGUUUCAUCAAGCAUUCAACUAAGGAAGGAGAAGAGAAAAGAAAAAAAAAAAAAAAAGAAAGCCAACUCUGAAUAUUAGAACUCACACCUCAGCCAUGUUUGACACUUGUUGCAAUACCUUGCAACAUGGUCACUCAAAUUAUUUAAGGUAGCUCCCUUUGCACACCUCACACUAUUUUCAUAAGUUUACCAGAUGUGGAUUCUGUGCAGUCUGUGACAUUGCUUGGUAGAGUAGUGCCCUCUAAAGAAAGAUCACCAUGUAUGGUUUCAUGUAGUGUUUUUUAGGAUGAGUAUGCAAGAUUGAAGUGUGGCAGUACAUUUUUUGGGUUUUGGGUUUUGAAAGCUUGUCAUGCAUUUAGUCAGGCAAUUUUUUUUGGAGAGGAAUGGCAGAGUCUGGGACUCUGGUGAAUGUAAUAUUAGUAAGUAAAGUAAUUUGUAGAUGAUUCUCAUGAUCACUUUGCAUUUUGUACAUGUAGCUUGACAAAAGUCAUUUGACAAGAAGUUAUUAGUCUUUAAAAAAAAAACUUGUAGUACAAAGGUUACUCUUGUGGUAUAAUUGAUUUAUGUCAUGUUCUCAAUGUAACCUUUCAUUUUGUGAUAUGUGUGACAAAGGAUUGAAUCUGAACUCCUUAAAUCCUUCUAUGAAAUGGUUUCUUGUCCUCAGUUACUUGGCAAACACUGCCUAGAGAAACAUGUUGAUGAUUUAGUUGCUUUGUAAUAAACUCGUUACUGGCAAAAUGGCACAAAAAAGGAUUAGAUUAUGAAAACGAAAUGGUAUCUUAAAACUUGGCCUGGGAUAUUCCAAUUCCCUGCCGUAUGUGGAGUUGAAAAAGAAAGUUAAGUAAGGAAACCAUCUGUAGUACUGGACACUUUCUUGUGUAUAUGUAAGUAAUUACUAGUCUUCAGCCAGGUUUGAGCAGUGCGAGCACUGAGGGGUGUGCUGGUUGUUUGUUCACAAGGAUACCUCUGAUUGAGUGAGGGAAGUUGUGAGAUUCCCCCCUCUCCCCUACCCAUUCACCCCCAUCUUCUAGUGACUUUCUACCAUCCCACUGGGAAAGCCCCAGCCAGAGGCUAGAGGGGUGUGUCAGUUAGGUGCUCAAAGGGGUCCCAUCAAUUGAAGGGAGGGGAGUUGUGGGAUCAAUCUCACACUUAUCCAGCGCCUCCCCUCUCUGGAUUUUAUCCCCUGGGUGAACCACUGCUUUAGAAAUAAGUUGGCUCUGAAGUAGUCCUUAAAAUGAUAGCUUAACACAGCAUUCU